AUGACAUUUACCCGAGCGGGAGGUCUGGGAAUCAAUCUGACGGCUGCCGAUACGGUUAUCUUCUAUGACAGUGAUUGGAAUCCCACAGUCGAUCAGCAGGCCAUGGACCGCGCCCAUCGCCUGGGUCAGACUCGACAAGUGACCGUGUACAGACUGGUAACUAAAGGUUCUAUUGAAGAGAGAAUUCUUCAAAGAGCGAAAGAGAAAAGCGAGAUUCAAAAAAUGGUGAUAUCAGGUGGUCAUUUCAAACCAGAAGCUUUGAAACCCAAAGAAGUGGUUUCUUUGCUUCUUGACGAUGCUGAACUGGAAUGCAAGUUUCUUCAACGGCAAGCUGAAAAGAAAGCCGACGAACAGCGACGCAGAAGAGAAAGAAAGCGAAAGAAGACAGGACCAGCUGAGGUGGGCGAAGGUGUGUCACCAAGUAUUGAGCUUCUUGAUGGAACACCUCCAGCUAAGGCCAAGAAGGGGCGCAAAAGUAAGAGUUCACUUGUGCCACCUGCACCUGAAGGGUCCAUAUCUAGUUCCAAGCCAACUUCUGAGACCAGCAGUAUAACUGGAGAAGGUCUGGGUAUGAGGACUGGCGAAGCGUUUGAUGGCGACGGCACAGUGGGUGAUGAUAUCAGUGUGUUGAGUCUAGAUGAAGUUUCGCUGGCGUCAGGUGAUCUAUCAGUGGACAUACCUCCAAGCAACACAGGCACGCCCCUGAGCUUAAAGCCCGAGGUAGAUGACUUGGAUGAUCCUCGCAGCGAGAACGCCAGCCCCGCCCUAUCGGACUCCUCUAGUAAAAGAGGCAGGGGUAGGGGCCGGGGAAGAGGGCGAGGACGGGGAAUCCCUUCCAGCAGGGGACGAGGGGCGUCUAGUAUACGAGGAACGCGGACACGAGGACGUGGACGUGGAACCGGAGGAGCGCUGGCUGCCUCUGCUGCCGCAUCUGCUGCCGCCGCGGCUGCAUCAGCGGCAGCGUAUGCUGCCUACGGCUUCUCCUUCCAAGGAACAAGUACUCCGAAUCCCACUCCACCUCCCACGCGGUCCAGUCCGGUGGCGUUUGGUGCGGGUGGGCCUUAUGGUAACAUCAGCCAUCCUGUGGCACGGUAUGAUAACUCAUCCGGGUAUUCACCAGCUCCGAGUGCAGAGAACAGUCCGGCUAGAUCUUCAUCACAAGCGUCUGCGCGCGUUAAUAGUCAGCAGUCGUCUUCUCCAUCUUAAAAGACCACAUGACAUUGCGAGGAAAAAAAGUGGGUCAGUUGUGUUCGUCCGUUAAUGCAAACUACUUUUUUUAAAGAGAACUAUGGAGAACGUAAUAUUUGGUCAGGUGUAUGUUAAAUCUUAAAUUCAAACACGACAAAAAAAGGUCAAGAAACUAAAAUGGAGCACGGCAUCCAAUCUGGGGAUUGUUCUUCCAGCAGGAGGUCCACCUUCGUUCCCAGGGUCUCUUUACCGCGGGGAGAGACCCUGGAAAUGAGACUGGGAGGUUCAACGGCGUGCGAGCUGGUAUGAAGAAAGAAAUUGCCAUGCUGGAAAUUCUGUAAUCUGUAGACACGGUACAAACUGCUGCCUACGCUUCUGAAACCUAGUUUGGUGUUACAAUUAUUCUUCGGACAGCCAACCAAGCCAUGUGGAAGCUAACAAAAACAUGUAGAGGAGGAGAAAAACUGGUGCCAUUUCUCGUCGUCUAACAUGGUUACUUAUGUGAACUGAGAAGAACAGAGCUAUACAGUUCUAUGUAGAUACUUUCGGGUUACUGUCGGUAAAUAAGGUUAAAUGAUAUUGUAAGUGGUCACCUUGACAAGGGGUAAUCACUUGAUACAUAUAUUAUUUGACUGAAAUCUGUUGGUUCUGUUAUCGUAAAACAGUGACAAGUCUUAAUUUUUUAGCAACAAAAGUGUCAAGAAUUUAAUUGUUGAACAUCAA